UUGUGUUACAAAUAAAUGUUUGUCUUUCUUCCUGUCAGGUUGUUGUGGUGAAGAAGAUGGAGCGUCUUACAGCAUCACAGCAAGGCUUUCAGGAUCUGGAGGAGUUUCAUUUUGGACUUGAAGGAAGAACGUGUCCUCUGUUUCACAGCUGGAAUGCCAAACACUUCAAUGAGUCGUCUUGUGUCCUGUUGGACUCCUUCAGUCAGGAGCUGAAGUUGAAGCAGACAAUCCUGCAGGAACUAGCCCAUACUGUGACCUCUGACCUCUGCAUGGUCUAUCUUUCAUGCUGGCUGCAUCAGCCCUUCAUCACCCCCCAGACCAGACUCACCUUGGAGGCUCUGCUUUUGGAGACCGGACACCACCUCCUUUGAUGUGUUCAGUCCUCCAGAGUCAUGCGAUCAUGUCAGGGUCUUUUCUGAGAGUCCAGAUGUUGGAAUCAGUGGGGAACUUUACCUAGCUGUCAGAUUAAUUCCAUCUGGUUUAUUGAACAGGUGUAGACAGAGAAGAUCUACUUCCUGGACACAUAUGAGCAGAUGGUCCCUGUUUUUUAAGCCUGAAAUUCAAUGUGUAUGUUACAUAUGUAUUACUCACCGACAUUAAAUAAUGUAUUUAAAUUGUAACUGACUUUGUCUUCAUGUGAAAACAAUAGCUUUUUUUGUUUCUGGAGCAGCAGAAAAAAAUACUGCAGUUUUCCUUCUGCUGACGUUGCACCAAACCUCCGGCAAACCCCCAUUUUCUGGCAGUGAACCAUGGCCUUAAACUUGGAGGAACUGACUCUCAACCCGACCGAUUUCCACUCGGCUCUAAACUGCCCCAGUGCUGCUGAAGGUCACAUUCUAAAGGAGCCAAUAGAACCACAUCAUCUGCAAAAAGCAGGGAUGCCAUACUGGACACUCUCCUGGCAACGAUGUCCAGAGCCUCACGGCAAAUCUUAUCCACACCAAUCAGCUUUUUGACUUCACUAGUGACCUCUGCCAGGGAUUUGGAUGGGUCUUAUCCAGAGACUUCAAACUCUGCCUCCUCCACGGAGGAUGUGUUGGUCGGGUUCAAGAGUUCCUCAAAGUGUACUUGCCACAUCCCAACAAUAUCCUCAGUCUGGGUCCGCAGUUCUGCCCUUCUGAACACAGCCUGAGACAAACCCUGCUUUCCCUUUCUGAGUCGUCUUACUGUUUACCUGAACUUUGAGGACAAAUGAAGAUCCUUCUUCAUGUUCUCCCUAAACUCCUCCCACACCCGUGUUUUUAUCUUGUCAACCUCCACAGCUGCAGGCCUUCUGGCCAAUUGUUACCCAACUGCUGUUUCUGGAGUCUCCUUCUUCACUGCUGGUGUCCACCAGCAGGUUCUCAGGUUGCUGCCACGACUUGCACCGUUGACUGUCCGACCACAGCUCCUAGCAGCCGCUUCCACAAUGGAGGCUCUGAACAUGGCCCACUUGGAUUCCAUGACCCAAGCGUUCCCCUGGAUCCAAGACAAAUUCUUCCGAAGGUGGGAGUUGAAGACCUUGCUCACAGGCUCCUCAGCCAGACAUUCCCAGUUCACCCUCGCUACAUGUCCGGCAGCCUUCUUACCAUCUGAUCCAACUCACCACCACCAUAUUCCACGUCCCUAGAGGUAGUCUGCGAUGACAGAUUAGCACGCCCAGGU